UCCGUGAAAGUUAUAUCGGCUUGUAUAGAUUCGUUAAUAAGAGGCUGAAUAUAAAUUUGAAAGUUAACUGAUAACUCUGCAAAUCUUAAAAUAAAUUCCACUUUUUAGCACCACUAUCUUUCAGUAACUACCAACGAUGAUCGUUUGUUUAUUUGCACUACGAUUGAAAUUGCUGUGUUUGUCAGGUCUUGCUUGAAAUUGGGUAAAAUACUCGAUGGAUCACUGAAAUAACUCAACUUAAUAUCGUACUUUGCUAUGGCACAUAGCUUAAUUGUGUGCACAGUUGAUGUUCACCAACUUGCAGCUAUUGUUCGAAAUCGCAUUGAUAAUGCAUUAAUUCUCGAUAGUCGGUCCUUUUUGGAAUAUAAUGCCUGUCAUGUUGUAAAUGCUAUAAAUGUUGGAUGUGCAAAACUCAUGAAGCGGCGACUGCAGCAAGAAAAGCUAAGCAUAGAAGAUUUUCUUGCGCAAAGCUGCCAUUGGGAUGUUGACCGAAGCUUUGACAUUAUUGUGUAUGACCAAAAUACUUGUGAUGCAAAAUGUUUGCCCCCUGACAGUUUCAUGGCAGUUUUCCUUCAAAAACUUUUGCCUGUAUAUAAUAGUGUUAAUAUUUUAAAAGGUGGUUUUUUAGAAUUUCAAGCUGCUUAUCCAAAUUUAUGUGAAGAUGAAAGGUCCAAAUUCGCUCCAUUGACAUCAUUGUCGCAACCGUGCCUCCCAGUUACAAAUCAUGGUCCUACUCGAAUUCUACCAUUUCUUUAUUUGGGUUCACAACAUGAUGCGCUAAAUAAAGAAGUUCUUCAGCACCACAAUAUUACCUAUCAUUUGAAUGUGAGCACUAGUUGUCCUAAACCAGAUUUCAUUCAAGAUUCUCAUUUUCUAAGGAUACCUGUCAUUGAUAAUUACAGUGAGAAACUGUUGCCUCACUUUCCUAAAGCCUUUCAAUUCCUAGACAAAGUAAAAGAAUCAGGUGGAUCUGUUCUUAUUCAUUGUCUUGCUGGUAUUUCACGAUCAGCCACGGUUGCAAUAGCUUAUGUGAUGAGAAGCUUGAGCAUGAAUUCAGAUGAAGCAUACAGGUAUGUCAAAGCAAAAAGAGCCACAAUAUCGCCAAAUUUCAAUUUCCUAGGUCAAUUGUUAGAAUAUGAAAAACAGUUAUGCAAAGACUAUAUGUUAGGUAAAGACAAUAUGUUUGGUGCGAAACCUGGAUCAUCUGUGCCUGUGUUUAACUGUCCUAGUCCAUCUUUUAAGCAGAAACCAAAUGCUAAUAACAGUAAAAGCACAAGAAAAGAAUGUGCAUAUUCUAUCAAAAAUUCAAGUCAAGAGAAAUACGUUGAAAAUUAUUCUGAUAUCAGUUCGAAUAUGGUUUCUCAUAGUAUUUUGUCUACUAACACGAAAGAAUGUUAUAUGGCUUUUGAACAAACUGAUUACAGAAAUCAAAAUACUUCUAGUUGCAUUCCAAAUAAGCAAUGUGCUGCCCUAAAUAUUAAAUGUCUUCCUGUCUCUUGUCUGAAAGAAUUAAAUUUCACGCCUUGUCAAGCACCCGCUGUGAAAACAUCCCCUCAUUCAGCUUACGACAAAUCCUUUUUGAGAGGCUUUGCGAAAUGUGAAAGUCAAGAAACUUUAACCAGAAGUGAAUGCUUUAGUCCGACACUAAGUGAUGUCAAGUUAGUCAAGAAAAAUCACAUGUACUCGGACGUUAUGCUUACGGAAUUGAAGUUGGAUGCCCUGCGGUCCUUGAAAUGCGUUACAGAUCUUCAUUCACCGCCGGAUCUGAAAACUUUUGAUUUUGAUUCUAAACCUUACAACAGAUCGGAUUCUGUCAGUACUUCCGGUUUGGGAAGUGAGGGCUCCGAUUGUGCGGAUAGUUGGAAUGAUUACACCAGUUCCUGUGAAAGAGAAACUGAUAUUUUGAUGGAUGAAGAUUAUUUAAUUGUGCCUACUGAUGAGGAUGAACUACACAGCAAUAAGAGACUAGGAUUUGACGAUUCAUAUGAAGACUCUCUAACGUUGUAUCCGAAAUAUGAACAUUAUUAUGACUGUCGCCCGAAGAAAAAGUUCACUGAAGAUUAUUCACGAGCUGUUCCAAAUGAAGAUGCCAAAAAUGAAAGAUUGAAAAGAGGAAAUGGAAAAUGUACUUCUUCAAGGUCUUGUACAGAGUAUCCCCACAACACAGAAAAAGAGAACGCAGGUGCAGCUCAUAUACUCUAUCGAGCCCAGUCAUGCCCCGGCAUGUUGAGUUCAGAAGCUGGUUCAGCUUGUAGUUAUCAUGUGGAAAAUUUCAUGGGCAGCAGUAACAUAAAACUUCGUAAAGCUAAAAAUGAAAAGUCAAGCAUCGAUAAGUGCCGUAAUCGUUACAGUUGCAGUAGUAUUGAUUACAUGGACUACUCUCACAAUGCAGGUUCAUCUCAAGAACCAUCACUAACCACCCAAUCUGAUGCUGCAACUAUGACAUCUUCGCAUUGUAAUUAUCGUCACAGCAUGAUACAAGUGUCGUGAAUCAUUCCAUUUUUUAGUUCCUGAUAGUAUCACUCAAGAGAAUCAUAUUAUUAUAGACUUUAUGUAAUUUUUCAUAAAUUUUUCUCACUUGUUGCUUGGUAAAAUCCUUUGCACUACCCCCCUGCCUCCUGUUGUAUUUAUGUGUAAAUAAAAAAUUAGCACAAAACUCUUCUCUAAAAUCUCUAUAAACUUUACAAUUUCUCAAAUUUUAAAUUAUUUUGUAACUAAAUUUUACUGAAUCUUUCUGUAAACUGUUUUCCUGGUUUAUUUUCUUCAGUUUGUAACUCAUACUAAACUGGUUUAAUGUCUUUUCCAUAAAUGGUAGAUUAAACUACCAUAAGAGUUUGAAAUACUUAUUGUUGUGCUACCAAAAGUUUAAUUUCCUUUAUAUUAUUAGCUGAAAUUAUAGAUGUUUUCAAAAGCACUUGAUGACAUUUUUAGUGAAAAAUGUAUCAUAUGUAAAAAUCAUAAAUAGUGUAAUUACACUGAAAUUAAAACUUACAUAUAAUUUUUUUUUAAAGCAUUCAAGUUGAAUGUUGAGUAGUUGCAUCAAAUAGACCAGUGGACCUCAAACUUUCAGAGAAUCCUUAAAACUAGUUUUUUGAGGAACCCUAUCCAUACCCUUUAAAUAAUUUUGCUCAAAAUAGUAUUUAAUAUCGAUACUGUAUAAUUCUUUGCAUGAAGUAUCAAUAUCAAUACAUUAAAUAUUUUGGAUUAAAAAAAAAAAAAAACUUUUAAAAAAAUCAAAAUAAAUAUACACUACUCAUUAAUAGCAUUAAUGGGUAGUUAUAUUAAUGCAUGCUUUAUCCUUAAAUUAUGUUUGGUCUCUAGAUCCUUGCAUUUUUUACAUAAACCUUCAAAACACUUUAUUGAGCACCUUAUAAAUGUAU